GCAUUUGAAUCAAAUCAAAUAUGUCGUACAGGGAAAUUUUCUAUAGAUUUUUUAAACUUUGGAACUCACGCAGAGAUAGUCACGCUAUCUAUCUCUGCGUGAUUAUUUAUUGUGAAACGAACAUUUUCUCGCUCAUUUAUCUAACAGCCAUUGUUUAGCUAUGAACAAAAAGACUGCAACUAAGAACUUACCAUAACUAGGCUGAAGCUUAAAAGUGCAACAAGUAGCUACAGCCUACACAUGUUUUGACAUCCCAGUGUCUUUCAAUUUGUUUGUCAUCAAAAGUCAAUCUCCGUUAAGAAAGGUACAGGUACAGUUCUCUUUGUCAAUCACUACAACGUACUAGUUGUGGAUCAGCUUAAACAAGGGAUAAUUUUCUCAUCAUUUAAAAAGACAACAUUGUCUUCUAAGGAGUUAUCAUCAAGAUACCAAAAACAUCUUGUACCCUUUUGCAGUUGAAAAAGAUUCCACAUAGGGUUUGCCUGUGCACCCUUUUGGUCAGCAAAACGAUUUGAUGUUUUGUUUAAUGGCAUCGAACAACGAGCAGGACGGUAGUCCAAGCAUUGUCGAGGAUGACGACAUCUCCCAGUCCAACAGAAUUUCAUCGCCAACAGCCACCUUGUCGCUAGCAAGCAAUGUUCGGAAAAAAAUAAAAAAGGUACCUGAUGCAACUCACGGUUUAAAAUUUGAAUCGAAAUUGUUGACGUCGUUUUGCAUACGAGCACUUGGAGUUGGUUGCAUAUUUCGAUUGACCAAAGAAAGAGAAGACCUGGGUGGUAAAUUUGACGAUGUGAUUUUUCAGUAUCAAGUGCUAGAUGAUACAUCUGAAGGUAAACAUUGGCGCUAUCGCUACUUGCAAGCCAAACACAAGCAGAAGGAAUCAGACAAGAUUAAUGCGACUCACCUCCUCGAAGACAACGACAAGAGUGCUUUCAGCUUACCAAAAUAUUUCCGUUCCUUCUGCAAGAUGAGAAGAAGAGGCGAAGACAUUCACGACUGCAUCAUUUGCACAAACAUUGGCUUCGAUUUGGAAGACGUCAAGAAGAAUGGCAUCGAUUUGGUGUCGAUUAACGAUCAACCUGAAGACAUUCUAGAAUUUGGUCCACAAGAGAAGACAGUUCGUUACAAACUAAACUUCGCAAAAGAUUUACGAGUCAAAGUAUUGAACGAAUGGCCAGAUAUUCAACGUCUUGCCAUUAACUUGCAAAUCUACGCACGGGAUCAAACAACAAUUGAUAUAAGGACUGGAGUGUUCAGCAGCUACCACGUUGCUUUGACGAAGGAAAGCGUCAUUGAUUCUGCCACGAAAAAGUUCCAUGGGGAUUUUGUAAACGAAACUGAAGGUCUGUCCGAUGGGGCCAAACACCUACGUCAAAUCCUCAGCCAACGGGUGAAAAAAGACGAAUGGGAAAACUGGAUAUUCAAAUUGGGUAACACAUUCGGAAAAAGCCAAUUGGCUCCUGAAAUGGAAAAUCGGCUACCGUUUAAAAUCUCGGAGGAAGACAUUGACGCAUUCCUUGACAAAUUCGUGUUUGUGGUGAACAUGCCAAACGAAGAGCAAUUUGAAGCCAUUUUACAAACUCAAGAUGUGAGCAAGUACUACCCUAAGGACGAAUGCAAACAGCAAACGAUCCGUUUGCUACACGAAUUAUCUGCAAAGUUCUCCAACAAGGAAAAGGACUAUUGGCUAACUUCAGAAGAAGCCAAGAAGAUCUUGUUAGAUGGCGUUACAAACAUUUCAAGUCAGCACCAGGCCAAAUUAGAAAACGAGGUGGGCUUCAACGACGUCGCCAAGAAUGACAUGGCCAUUAAACUAAAGGAUUUCCUGGACAGUAGCGAAAUGUUUAAGCGCAUUACCACAUCAUCACCGAGAUAUACGACCGUCAAAGUCUUUUCGGCCAUUCCAAUACUGAAACAGGAAUAUACAGCACCAAUUAGCCACCUGGUGACGUCAUCUAGUCAAUUGCAAGCCAUGGAAGAUACGGAGAGAUGGAAAAAUAUAUUGAAACUACCGGUCGAUUCUGGUCAUUUUCUCCUAGUCGUUUGCGAUGAUGGCGAGAAGCCGUUACAAGACGAACAAUAUGCUAAACUAUUUCUGGGUGAAGAAGGAAAGACAAAAAGAUACAAGGUGAUUGUCAUCAGUCGCAAGAGAGCUGAAAUCGCUGAUUAUGUCAGCGAUGAAAUAAACUACGCGCAGCUGGAUGAAUCCUUCAAGCAAAAGAUCCUGUCGAAAGUAGUUUCAUUCCAAACGCAAAAUGAAUCUGUUGAACGUCUAAUUGGAACCAAACCGGAAGAGGUGUUCGAAUCCUUAGAAGAAAUGCUGGAUCCUGAAGGAGGGCCAAUCAUCAUUCCAUCAUUCGAUACGUCCCGUUUCGAGAAAUCCCUUUACAUCAAGAGACGAGUGAAAUUUGCAUUUGACCAAAACUUUUACGCUGAAUUAGCGAAUCGUUUGAAUUGCACCGUGGAAAAGGUCAGUGGGGAAUGCAGAAUCAGUACCCAAGGCCAAAUCGAAUGGUUGGUCGAUGACGAGCGCCGUAAAGAGAUAUGGGAAAACAUUACAAAAAUGAACGACCAAACAUCCAGCAACGUUGAAGAAGACGGCCAUUUAAUUAACGUUGACGAGGAGCGGAAAGAACAGCCGGUCGUCAUCAUAUGCGGCGUGGCUGGAACAGGCAAAUCGACCCUGCUCUCCCACUACUACAGUGAAAUCAAGAAGAUGAAGUCCGACUGUUGGGUUAUCAGACUGAACUUGGUCCAACAUUGUGAUGCCAUAAGGAAACUCGAUAGAAGAAGGCCCGACUUAACCGAAUUUCUCAUUCAUCAUCUGCGUGUCAUCGAUGGUCAAAGCCCGUUUUCUCGCUCGUUGCUGAAACGCCGGUUCGAGACGGGCGAUCGGAUCGUUUUCAUGUUUGAUGGAUUCGAUGAAAUUAGUUACGAAUGCCAAGAAAUUGCGAUUCAGCUAAUGAAGGUUAUUCAAAAGAAGAAGGGCGUUCAACUGUACGUCACAACCCGCACCCAUACGGCCCACCAUCUGCAAUUCGAAUUACGUCAGUUGGCUUAUUAUUUGGAAAACUUUAACGAAAAUGACCAGAUUUGUUUCCUGGCCAGUUAUUGGACGAAAGAAUCGCAACUGCCAAAAGAUGGAGCCAUCAUGGACUUCGCCAAAGCGCUAGUGGAUCGUGUGUCGAAGACUCUGAAAGACAAAGAAAGAGCUUUCAUCGGAAUCCCUUUGCAAUGCAGAAUUCUCGCCGAGUGCUACCAUCAAAAUGUUGGCGACAUUGUGCGAAGCAACGCUUUAAAUGACGCAACACUCCAACCUAGCGAAUUGGUAUCCCAAAAACUGUUGGCUUUACUUGACAAUCAGAAAUUCGAUUUAGUUAGUCUGUACAGCCAAUUGAUGGACACCAAACGCAAAGUCUUUCGAGAAGAAAAAACCAACACUCCCAUCGGCAAUCAGAUAAUGGCUGACGCCAUUGAGUUUUGGAUUAAGAAAAUCGAGUCUCGAUUAACGAAAUUGGCAGUGGAAACCAUCAUCACCGAACCAAAUGUCCUGGAAAUGUUUUGGCCACGAAAAUCUUCGUACAAGUCCACCGAAGAUCUUGAACGAGAAGAAAAAAGGCUGGCUGAAAAUAAUCUGAAAUUUGGCUUAACUUUUUCUAGUGCAGAUGGAAUGCGACCCGAGUUCUUGCACCGGACGUUUGCCGAGUAUUUAGUCGCGAAACAUCUUUACGAAGGAUUUCAUCUCGACGACAAACGUCACAACAAACUGCUGGAAAAUGAAUCCAUUCGAAAAUUGAUCCUGAACAAAAUCUUGGCUUCAAAGCAAUACGACGGAGUUCAAGUGUUUCUCGAUUGCAUGGUGAGAAAUGAUGUCGACGAGGAUGAAGAGUGGCGUUGUCAAAUCGAUCGUCGUCAAUUGCCGGAUCGACUCAAGAAAUUGACUGAAAAUCUGUUUACUCAGUUUCUGCGCAAUUUUCCACCGCUUUGUUUAUUCGGCGAAACGACAGUCAGCCGACUUUACUUUGCAAACGCUCUCCGUUUUUCACUUUCGAAUGGGAAAGGCAACAUAUUCCUGUUGUUGUGCGACUGUCUUGAUACCAUGUUCAAAAGAAAGCAAAUCCACUGGGCAAUGUGUACCUCUUUCAUAGGGUCAUUACCUCGCACUUUAAUUCAUUCCAUUUCACCCGCCUAUUUUAAAGAAAACAGGGUCUUUAAACGAUUCAUCAAUUAUUUUGACAUCGAUCCAGCCAGUCCCUCUACGUACAGUGUUAUAAGCGAACUUAUAGAAGGCAUGUUCCCUUAUUAUUCUCCUGAAAUGGUAAGGUCUUUCUGGUACCGAGACGAGCACCACCAAACGAUGAGCGACUUGCUUCAGUUUUUGGAAAACCAACACGUGGCUUUCAACGAAUAUUUAGAAGACAACCGAGAAUACAGGAAACAACCAAUUUUGGAACUUUUGAUGGGCAGUGACGACUAUCGUAGUCACCUGGAAACAUUUCUAAAGCUUUUGUCCAAAUCGACAGCUUAUUCGGACGACAUCACGUUUGCCGAACUGCUAAUGGAAGUUUUCCGUUCUAAAGAACAUCUGAUGCCUGGCCAGAUUGCCAAAACACUGGCUGUCUUACACGGACUAGGGCGGUCUACUCUUCUCGUUCAGCUGUACGGCGGAGUUUUAGCUGUAAAGCCGGAAGCAUUUCAGACUCUUUAUCAGCCGCGUCGGUUAGAACAAGAAGACGCGAUCCCGACUGACCUCGUCAAGUUUUUGGAAACCGAUUCUUAUGGGAUGACUCGUCUUCAUCGAGCAGCGUUCUACGGAGACGUCGAAAUACUCGACCAAAUGUUAGCAAGAUUUGGCCAGCUGGAACUCGAUGAUGAAGUUAAACAAGCAGUACGCCAGGUGUUUGUUGAGGGUUACACUCCGUUUUACUUUGCCGCUGUUAAAAGUCACGAAAAAGUCUGUUCCAACUUGUUGGUCUUUGUGAAAGACAUUUUCCCCGACUUACUGACGGGAAAGUCAACUCUGUUCAAUGGAUUUAUUCACCGAUCUCUUAAUCGCGCCAUGGAAUCGGAAAAUGUGGAAAUGUUUCAACUGAUAUCGAAGGUAGUCAAGAAAGAAUUAGGACAUGAAUAUCUACUUGACCUGUUAGCAACCGGUGUGAUGGACUUUUCUUCGCAUCCUAUUUUUGAUAGCUGCAGGUCGGAAAAAGUAUUCAACGCAAUGGCGAAGAUCAUCGUCGAUCGAGAUGGCACCGUCGAUUACAAAUGUCUGAAUGACCUGAUUUUCAACGGAAAAGAAUUAGCGAGAAACGCGUUGCAUUACGUGGAUGCCGAACAUCUGCAGGGAUUGUUAUCAGUAGAAGGUGCUGAUACCUUCACGAAGCGUGUGUUCGAUACAUCAUUUUCUACACCCUGUGGUUUCCGUCAGUUGUCAAAGAUGUUAAAGAAUUUUAACCAAACACAACUAUUAGAUUUCGUGAAAAUGAUUACACUUAAAGGUGAUACCAAAAUAGUCAAAAGUAGCUGGUCGCGUACGGUCUCUACGGCUGAUCUCAGUAAUCCAACGUAUCGUGACACGUUCAUCCAACCCAUUCUGGGCGAUUACACCGACGACGAUUUAAUUUUCACGCCAAACGAUGACGGAACCACCACCGUUCACGCCGAAGGAGUUGUUCCGAGGAACAGCUUUUGGGGAGACUGCCUACGAUCGAAUAUCACCUCUUUAGUUUAUCCUUCUAUAUCUCGAGAAGACGUUUAUUGCGUUCUCGAGUGUUUGACUUGCGUAUCGGAUAAACUCGGAGGUGAUCACGCUCAAGAACUGUUGCUCCACCAAGACGAUCGGGGCUACGUCGUCAUUGAUCUAUCACAAGAAAUCGUCAAACUCAUGUUGGAACGUUUACCGGAGAACAGCCAAGAGCAAGUGAAACAAAAGUGGAAGGAAAAUGUUCCGCCCAUGACGAAGGAUUCGUUCUUCCACUCUACGAACCAGUCCCGCACGGUUGUAAUCGCAAACCAUUGCAGUGAUGUCUUACAAUUUUACUUGGAUUAUGGCAGCGAGGUGCAACUCAACGAAUGCGUCGAUGUUCUUACAUCUGUUUGUUUGAUUAACGGACAACAGCGCAGUGUAUGGAGUUACAUUUUUGAACAUUGUGAGGUAACGAAGACGAACGAAUUAUUGAAAUCUGUGUUGGAAACUUUCGGUCGGGAGGCCGUGAAAAAGUUGCUGCUUCACGAAAUGGAUCAAUUUCCUCUCAUACUGAAAGCUCUCUCCUGGGGAGAGGACAUUGACGGGAGGCUGGAAACUUUGCCACAAGAAAUACAAAAUGAUAUUCAACAAGUUGUUGAACGAAAAUCUGCCCAGCUUAUUGAAGAAGUGUUUCUACAUCACAAAACUUAUUUCGAAGUACCGAGAGAACAAUUUCCGAGAGACGAAUAUAAAAAACGAUUAAACAUUUUGGUAUUUGUGCUCAAAUACAGCAAUGCUCAACAACUCGAGCAAUUCGUUGAAAACAUCACGACGUUGCAGGUUUCCACGGGUAUCGCGGGUAUCUGGCCCAUCGUUCAGCCUACGCUCAGCAUAUGGGCUGAGAUUCUAAUCCAGCGCCCGUGUUACGAAACCACGACGAACAACGUUGCGACCAUGAACAUUAUUUUAGAAUGCGUUACGCAGAGACUAGGCACAAAUGCCGUCAAAGAAUUAGUGCUCCACAAAAUCGAUGACAAGCCCUUCAUAUAUUUUCCUGCAGUUAGAGGAGAGGAGAAAAUGGUGGAGACGAUGCUCGCCCAUUUGGAUGCCAAAAAUCGCAAAAAGAUUCAACGUCAAGUCAACGAGUUUUUAGACACAACUUUCGAGGUCCCCUCUGAUGGCGCUCUUACUACUGCCAUGAAGAUUUGGCAUUUCGAAAUUGCUGCGGAGAGUUACUCUCAUCGAGGUUGCACUGGAGACGACGCCGCUUCAUUGGUAAUGUUCAACACAAAUCUACGCAACAGGCCCAGGGGCGACUUGUUCCCCUACAGAUGGAAGCGAACGACACGCAUUUAGUUUCGUUAGCCGACCGAUCGGUCAGAAUUGGGACUCGGGUUGACGACAGUCUUUUGGUGAUAUGCAUGGACAUGAUUAAAAAAAAACAAACAAAAAAAGGGCGAAACAUUUCGACAGCCUUUGUCUUAUCAGCGUAUACGGCCCACAUAAAAUUGAUCCAUUCGUUCCGGUGAUAAUAUCUCUUGGGCUGUUGUGUUUGAUAUAAACCCGGUUUAGAGCAGUUUCCCUUUAGUAUUUCAGACUAGGGUUUUGUGUUAGUAGGCAGGUGUUGGACGACGACGGUGGUCGCACAUUUUAAUUCGUUCCGUGCGUGCUGCCGACAUUGUUCCACACGUUUUUUGUUACAGGUUGAAAACCGGAUCAUUCAUUUUCGUGUUUUGUGUAUACGCUUUCCGGCUCGGAUCGAAUUA